GCCGUAAAGCAGUCCUGACGUUGCUUUGAGCUUUCUUGCUGAGCGUUUUAGAGCUUUUGCGAAGUCCUUAGUAUUCAGCGUAUAUACCCAAGCUUUUAGGUUUAAAAUGUCAACAGAUUAAAAUUUGUGUCGGUGUGUCUGAAAUAAGUUUUAAGAUUUCGUUCAACCUUGAAUGCAUGCGUUAUUUAUUCAUCUAUCAUUAAAAAUAUCGUUAGCUUCCUGUACUUGCUUUCACGUUCCUGGUCGUAUAACAAUACGCCUGCCAGCUAACUUUUGACAUCACUGGAGGGUAAAGGAAAGUACCUCUUUCUUGCCAGGAUGCUGGCCACUGUCCUGCUCUGCAGCCUGAUGCUGUCUGCCACAGGACAGCAUGUGGAGGACGACUGGAUAGACCCAUAUGAUAUGCUCAACUACGACGCCAGCACCAAAACGAUGAGGAAGCCUGCAGAGCCAGCAAGCUAUCCCAAUGUGCCCACCAAAAGAAGAGAGCAUAACCAGAACUCCGGCAGAGAUGAUCAGAUGCCAUGUGACACUCAAGUGGCAGAGCUUCAGAUACAGGUUGAACAGCUACAAAAGAAAAUCACACUCAUCUCACAGCAGCCCACAUGUAAUCCAGUGUUCAAGCGAUUCUUAACCAGGCUGCUGAAAGAAAUCCAAAGAGUUGGUUUGCCCGGUCAUUCUGCAGACGCCAUUUAUGAUGCCACAAUCAAACUCUCCUCACAAGCCAUUACAGAGAUUCAGACACUUCUGGAGGGUGAAGACAGUUGGAGGACAGGAGCUCUGGACAACGCAAUCAGUCAGAUACUGGUGGAUCUCAGACCACAUGACUACGAGGCCUGGAAGUGGCGCUUUGAAGACACCUUCGGCGUGGAGCUGGACACACUAUUAAAAGUGGCGCUGUUGUUUCUUUUCUUAAGCGGCAUCAUAUGCACUCAGCUGUGGUCAACGGUGUCCAGGUUCAUGCAGUUCCGCAGAAUGCUCUUUGUUGGCUUUAUUGCGAGUAUUUUCUGGAAUUGGUUGUACCUAUACAAGAUUGAAUUUGCCAAACGUCAAAAUAACUUGGUGAAGGCAAACGGCGACUAUGAGAAAUGCACUGGAAUGAGGAGGAUUGACUGGUAUGAUAGCAUAAAAGAAUGGUACAGAAGCACCCUGACUCUCCAGGAUGAUCCUUGUAAGAAAUACUAUGAAUUUCUGAUGGUUGACCCCUUGCUGCUUGUCCCCCCAACAAAGGCAUUUGCAGUUACCAUCACAACCUUCUUCACAGAGCCACUUAAGCACAUCGGCGAGGGCAUCAGUGACUUUCUUCGAGCCCUCCUCAAAGAUCUACCGAUCACGCUGCAGAUCCCAGUUCUCCUCACCAUUGUGCUCGCUAUUGUGGUGUGCAUGUAUGGGAGUGUCAAUGCAGCUUUUCAGCACGGCAUCACCGCACCUUUCCGUCGGCCUCGAAGAGAUCCACCUCAUCAUCUCGAACAACGGCGUCACGUCGAGGAGAUCGAGGAUGGUGACCACGUAGCGGGAGGGGACAUGCCCCAACGAGCCCUGAGGCACAGAGCCGAUGAUGUCAGAUUAAACAGGAACCAGGUUCAUCAGAGGAGGCCCAACAGACCCCGGGAAGAGCGUGCAAAGUUGGUCGUGGAGACUGCAGGGCCUUCACACGGUGGGGAUGAGACGGACGCCAGGCUGCGCGAGGAGGUGCAAAAUCUCUCUGCUGAGUCGGAUUCAGAAACUCAGCAGGAGGCACCGGAGGAGCUAGCAGGAGCCAGUGCUAGUGAGAUCUCUGAUAAUAGAACUCAGUUAGAAACGAAAUCCCUUGAAUUAGAUAUAUCUUUUUCUAAAAAUAAACCUUUGAAAGUGAGUAAAAAACCUGCUUGUGAUGAAUCCAGCAGAGACACUGCAGCAUCCAAACAUCAGCCAGCAGAGAGACCGCCUGCACACACUGAUGUUCAAGACCAGGAGGGGGCAGAAGACAGGAGGUCAAUGAUGGCACACGUGGAAACUAUCGGACUUCCCGUUCAGGAGUCUUCUCCGGCAUCGGCAGAGUAGCUACCUUCUUCAUCAGUCAGAGCUGGAAGAAUAGCUUUAUUAUGUUUUUAUUUUUAUACUGGACUGUAGAAGCGAUGAAGGGAAGAUAAUGUCUCUAUACAAAGGAUUCACAGGCAAUCAUCUUAAAGGAAAC